UUCAGGAGCAACAGGGCCGGUCUCUGUGCUGGAGGCCCGUCCGCCCUCGCUACCCCCGGGUAGGCUGUCAUCCCCAUCUGUACUCAAACAGGAGUACUUAUUUGCAAGGUGUACCGACAUUGGAGUACUCACUCGUCCCUGCCUCUGCCCCUUGCCCUUCCUUAGCGUGACCCACAUGUCUCUCUCCCGUGGUUUUGAAGUGACCACCUCCCUAUAACUCCCCUCUAUGACCUCCUCACUCUCCCUGACCAGAGAGAGCUCAUCGAGCUGUGGGCAGAGAGUUACCACUGUAAGACUAGCAGUGCCUAAAAUCAGAGAUAUAGAAAAUAGGUGCAGGAGGAGGCCAUUUGGCCCUUAGAGCCAGCACCGCCAUUCAUUGUGAUCAUGGCUGAACAUCCACAUUCAGUAACCCGUGCCUGCCUUCUCCCCAUACCCCUUGAUUCCUCUAGCCCCUAGAGCUCUGAAUGCCAAUUGCUCCUGAGGACUGUAGCGAUCAUAGGGAAAGUGCUUGGGCAAGGAAUCAGUCCUGGACUGCCUUCCUCCGAUAGUGGUCCUCGGCACUGAAAGGUGUGAGGGGGGAUGUUAGAUUGGGCACUGUCGAGGAUGGUGUAUUGAAACAGCCUGCUAGGAGAGAGCACGAUUGCAAUUCCCGUGGAGUUUGGUGCAACCUUCUAGGAGCUGCCCAAGAACAAUGCCAUUUUCUUUACUUUCAGUAAGAAAUCCACCCACUCGCCCUUUGCUGCGCACAGAAUCUGGAGCUGGUUCCCACUCGUAAGCAUUUCAAAAAUCUGUUGCCAGGAAGCUGGGACCCACAUUUUUAACAGAAGGGCCCUGUGUGUGCAUGAAUUGGCCGUGAGCCAUUCCACUGUCAAGCUGUAUGGUUCCAGCUAUUUCACGCUUUACAAACCGCUGCCACGCAUAGCAAUCUCUCCUGCGUCGGCACAGUAUGGAGUUGCCAGUGGAGCUGAGCAAUGUGAGAAAGAAACACUGUCACCUUGUGCUUCUGCAGAUGCAACUGUAGGUUGAUAUGACGUUGCUUAGCAACCACAGCUAAGCAUUGUGACAAAUUUGCCCAAUAUUUGACCUGCCUUUGAGUGGGAUUCAGAAGCUCGGAUCUGCAUUGAUUGUAGAAGAUACCUCCUCGAAUAUUGGCAUCCUUGUAAGGCAUUCAUUCAGGUCCCGUUUCAUUGUCCUCAUGUCCCUGGCAAUAUUUUCCUCACCGUUUUCCUGCUAUCCUUCAAUUGUGGUUUAUACGUCAUGUGUACUGAGGUUGUAAGCUACCCAAGUGGAAUGUGAGGUGCUGCUCCUCCAGUUUGCGUGUGGCCUCAUUCGGGCAAUGGAGGAGCCCGGGGAUGGAAAGGCAUUGCUAUGUGGAAACCUGUCAGCAAUGACUGAUGUUGAAACCUCGUAUGCAGACUUCAUUGCUUCAGGACGGACGGGCCGGAGAAAUGCACUGCACGACAUCCUGGGUUCUCCAUCAGGUGUAAACACGAGUGAUUUAAGCCUUAAGUUAGCAGAGCUGAGUAUUGACAAAAAAGAAGGGGAUGCUGAGAAGGAAACACAGACAACAACAAACCAACCUUCUGGAUCUCAGGAGACACAAGAAAAGGUCAAAAGCUAAUCUGUCAAACGCUUCUGGAACUUGUUGAUUCUGCUCAGCACUUGUGUUUCCUAACGUCAUCAGAGAUCACAAGCAGAGAGCUUAAGAAUUUGGAAAAUGAGCACCUUCAAAGAUGGGCAUUUAGUUUAUAGACAAUGUAGUGUGUGGACUGAAUAUAACACAAGAUACAAACUGGAUUCUACCUUUCUCUUCCUCAAUGGUUGAAGAGUUGUGGAACUGAACUAUUUAAGCAAAAUAAUGUGAUUUAUAGGUCAAUUACAUCUGCAACUAGAUUUGGAAGGAUGAUCUAACCAAUUGAUAAUCUUUCUGGUUAUUACAGUAUGUCAAUUGGUCAAGACAGAGUAACCUAUCAGAUUUAAGGAAAAAAAGAUUUGGUGAUUCAUAAAGGAAUACCAAGUGGACAAUAAGCUCUAUAGUGGGAAUUAUGAUAAGGUUUUCAUUUGAUAUUUGGAGGUGACCAGAAGUAAUGCUCUACUGAUGCCCGAGUGCUCUCACUCCUGUUUAACGGAAUGCAUGUCAACUAGAAAGUGUGUUUGGUCAAAUGUAGUGAAAAGGAUAGAACUUCUGUAAUAUAACUGACGUACAUGGUACUUGCAGUAAUUAUUUGUAAAGAUUUGCUUUAAAGUCAUUGAUGUUGUACAGUUUCCAUUAGCUUACUAAAAUGUCAAAGUACUCCUUGCUGGGAGUGUCUGGUUCUUGGGAUCUUGUAGUUCACUAUAUAGCAACUGUCAUGUUUAUAAGCCAAACAUUCCCAGAGACACACAUAACUAAUUAUUUAAUUUGUAAAAUAUUCCUUCAUCUCAAUUAACACCAGAGUUUAUGGAGAGCAAAACUGUAUUGGAAGAAUUCCUUUUGUCCAUGAUGACUUUUGUCAGCGUUAAUUCAAAUAUUAAAAAGUAACGAUAUUAUAAACUAAACAUUGCAUGUGUAUUUAUAGAUGUUUUCACAAGAUUAACUCCUUAAGUUGGCAGAACUCUGUAUAUACUUUCAAUGGAAUGUUUCCCAGUAACACCCUUCAAUGUACUGUGCUAUUUUAAUCUUGCUUCCAACAAUACAAGUUGUCAUCCUUUUUACACCUUUGUUGAUUAAUGUACUAGCCUGUUGAACAAAAUAUUUGAACUAAACUCUAUUAUUUCUACUGGUAAUUCUGCUGCAAAAUUGGGAACUUUUCCGUGCAAAGUAAAUAUGUUGCUCUCCAGCAAACUUAAAAGGACAUCACAUUUCUAGACUUUUAAAUAUCUUUCUUUUCCAAGAAACAAGUAAUUAUUAUGUACUUUUAGAGCUUUGUAAACCUUUGAUACACUUUCUGUAUUUCUUUUUUAUCUGUCAACCAUUUGAGAUUAUGAAAUAUAGUUUUACUGAAGAUUGUGAAAAACUAACCAUGUACUGUUUGCAAAUUAAGUGUCCGUUAACCUUGAACAAACAUCAUCUUGUGAAACAUAUGGCUAUAAUGCAUAGUUUUAAUUCUUCUAUUAACAUUUUGAUUGCUGAUUAUUUUUUAAAGCCUAGUAGUUGUAUAAGCUAAUUUUGCACUGCUAUCCUAAUAAUUAUCGUAUGACUGUUAGGAGGAAGCUUCAGAUGAUUAAUGAAAAUAAGCAAUUUAAAUGCGAGCUAGUUUAAGUCCCAAGGUCCUGAAGUACAUUGUCAAUAUAAAACAUGUAUUUUUAUGAUUUCCCACAAUGACUAACAUGUUGGUAUCCUAGUUUAGUUUUUAUCAGUGAAACCUCCAAUGUUCGACUCACUUUUGUAUAUAUUUUUAGUGCCCCUUUGUAUUUUUAAAUGUUCUUUUAAACAAGUCAAAUAAAUCCACGUGUAAUUGUGAUCCAGAGAACAUAUCAAAUAUUUUUUGAAGUCUUUUAGUGGAUUUCCAUUUCCAUUCAGUCUUUUUAACAGGAUCAGAAUUAGCCAGACAAGGUGGUGUAAAGUGGGCAAAUUGCAGACCAACCCGUUGCUACACAUUUCUCCUGAUUUUCAUUUACACUAAAGUCAAUGGAAGCGAAAAUUGAAAGAUAUGUGUAAGGGGUAGCUGAUAUCACGUUGCCAAUGUUAAAAUGAUCAUUGGUGUCCUGCAUUAUUCAAUGAAUUUGAUCCAUGUGAAAUGAGAAAAAGUGGUUGGAAAAAGCAGUUACCAGCUGCUGGUGAUUGUAUGUUUAGUAUUCUGUAUGUAUUUUCAUGAAAUAAAUUUGCACUUGUGCUUAUAAAUGUGAAUGAAUUGGCACUGUCCUGUAGCAGACAUACAUCUCAGUCCCUACACACUAUGUGGCAACCAGACUUCAAACAUCUGUCAGAUUGCUCAGAGAUUAUUGGUAAUAUAUUGCCAUAAACUAAUCAUAGCAGUAAAAACUACUCCACAAGUAAAUCUAUGAAUAAGAGAAAGUUAUUUUCUUCUGAGCAUGGUAAGUGCUCAGCAAUUAAUCUUCUGCACUAUGGAUUCCAGACCACCUGCACAAUGUUCUCACUGUGAGCUUUUCAUAUUGCAGGCCUGUGUUGGAGUCAUUAAGCAAUGCCCGUAUUUUGCCACUAACCAGUUUGGGUGGCCAUUGCCUUUCUGCCUCAGGAAAACAUCUUGCAAAACUAACUCGUGAGGGCGGCACAAUGGCCCAGCGGUAAAGUUGCUGCCUUACAGUGCCAGAGCACACAUUCGAUCCUGUCUGUGGGCGCCAUCUGUAUGGACUUUGUACGUUC